AUUAAAGAACGGUCACAAACGGUUACGGAAUGAACCCUAAAACAAACACAGAUGUUAACGACUGCAAUCUCUUAUACCCCACGAAACAAAAGCUUCUUCCUUGAUCUACUCAGCAGAGCCGCGGCUCUCUCCCACCUUACCCAAACCCACGCUCAAAUCACCAUUCAUGGCUUCCAAAAUGAUCUUGCAUUGGUCACCAAACUCACCCACAAGCUCUCUGAUCUCAGCGCCAUGUGCUACGCGCGUCGCCUCUUUCUCUCCGUCCGAAACCCCGACAUCUUCCUCUUCAACGUCCUUAUUCGUGGCUUCUCCAACAAUGAAUCCUCUCUUUCCUCGAUUUCGCUCUUUACCCACCUCAGGAGAUGCCCGGAUCUCAAGCCCGACAACUUCACUUAUGCCUUCACUAUGGCUUCGUCGUCGAGUCUGGCGGAUGAGAGAGUGGGUCUCAUGCUACAUGGGCAAGUGGUUGUUGCUGGGUAUGGAAUGGAUCUGUUUGUUGGGUCGUCGGUAAUUGAUUUUUACUUCAAAUUUUGGAGGGUGGAAUUAGCACGGAAGGUGUUUGACAGAAUGCCGGACAGAGAUACGGUUUUAUGGAAUACAAUGAUAUCUGGAUUGGCUAAUAAUUGUUUAUUCGAAGAAUCAAUUCGUGUUUUUAUGGAUAUGUUUAAGCGUGGUGCUACACCAUUGGAUUCUAGGACUCUGGCAGCAGUGCUUACAGCUGUGGCAGAGUUGCAAGAGUUGAGAAUUGGGAUGGGGAUUCAAUGUUUGGCCAUGAAGAUUGGUUUACACUCCCAUAUUUUUGUGCUUACAGGCUUCAUUUCAUUGUAUUCUAAGUGUAGGGAGAUUGAGGCUGCAAGUUCAUUGUUUGAAGAGAUUGCAAUGCCAGAUUUGAUAUCUUGCAAUGCAAUGAUUUCUGGGUAUACUUGUAAUGGUAAGACAGAGCUUUCCUUCAGGCUGUUCAAGGAAUUGCUUGCUUCUGGAAAGAAAAUCAAUUCUGCCACUGUUGUAGGAUUGAUACCGGUGUUUUUUCCCUGUCGUUAUUUAUUUCCUACUUGUUGCAUUCAUGGUUUUUGUGCGAAGUUUGGAAUUGUUUCUCAUUCUUCUAUUUCAACUGCUCUGACCACUGUAUAUAGUAGAUUAAAUGAGAUUGAAUCUGCUAAGAAGCUUUUUGAUGAGUCUAGGAAUAAAAGUCUGGCCUCUUGGAAUGCCAUGAUUUCUGGUUACACACAGAAUGGAUUGACAGAGCCAGCAAUUUCUCUUUUCCGGGAAAUGCAGAUAUCAGAAGUAGACCCGAACCCUGUUACAGUUACAUGUAUUCUUUCAGCCUGUGCUCAGCUUGGAGCUCUAAGUUUGGGGAAAUGGGUACAUAGCUUAGUUAAGAGCAAGAAUUUUGAGUCUAACAUAUAUGUCUCAACUGCACUAGUUGACAUGUAUGCAAAAUGUGGAAGCAUUGUGGAGGCUCGGAAAUUAUUUGACUCAAUGGUGAAUAAGAAUGUGGUAACUUGGAAUGCCAUGAUUUCAGGUUAUGGCCUCCAUGGGCAUGGCCAAGAAGCACUUAAAAUCUUUUCUGAGAUGUUGCAUUCUGAUGUUCCACCAACUGCAGUUACUUACCUCUCUCUCUUGUAUGCUUGCAGUCAUGCUGGUUUGGUGAAAGAAGGAGAUGGGAUUUUCCACUCUAUGAUCCAUGAUCAUGGCUUUGAACCUUUACCUGAGCAUUAUGCCUGUAUGGUUGACAUAUUUGGCCGAGCCGGACAGUUAAAGAAAGCCUUGGCAUUUAUAAAUAGAAUGCCAGUAGAGCCAGGUCCUCCUGUUUGGGGCGCGUUACUUGGUGCUUGCAUGAUUCAUAAAGACACUAACUUAGCCCGUGUAGCUUCUGAAAGACUAUUUGAACUGGAUCCAGAAAGUGUAGGACACUAUAUCUUACUCUCUAACAUAUACUCAGCUGAGAGGAACUAUCCACAGGCUGCCUCUAUCCGACAAGUAAUCAAGAGGAGAAAACUGGGAAAGACUCCUGGAUGUACCCUAAUUGAAAUUGGUGAUAGGCCACAUGUCUUUACAUCUGGAGACCAAUCCCAUCCACGGGCCACUGAAAUCUAUGCAAUGCUUGAGAAACUGAUGGGAAAAAUGAGAGAGGCUGGAUUUCAGACUGAAACUGUCACAGCUUUGCAUGAUGUGGAGGAGGAAGAGAAGGAGUUAAUGGUGAAGGUUCAUAGCGAGAAACUGGCUAUUGCUUUUGGCCUCAUAGCCACCGAACCUGGAACUGAAAUUAGGAUCAUUAAGAACCUCCGAGUUUGUUUAGAUUGCCAUAUUGCAACCAAAUUUAUAUCCAAAGUUACAGAGAGAAUCAUUGUGGUCAGGGAUGCUAAUCGAUUCCAUCAUUUUCAAGAUGGCAUCUGUUCUUGCGGAGACUACUGGUGAAACAUUCUUGACUCAAGGGUUCAGAUGAAAAACAAGCGGCGAAGCCUCACAACUUCCUGUGUUUUAUCUGUUGGACCUUCGUGCCUACUUCCAAGAUCAUAAAAAGGAAAUGGUCAUGGAAAGUUGAACAAAUCAGAAGGGAACUUCUUGUGCAGUUACUAAAAUAUGCAGCCUUGUUGAGGCAGAUGUCAACACUGCUUCCUCAUUGAUUCCUUCCCUUCCACUGAGAAGAUCUGUAAUAAAUGACAUGGCCCACAUAUCACCACCAUCAACAGUUUGUCCAUUUGAGUCAUCUGGAAAACAGUUAGGAACAGGCUCUACGGGGUCAAACUGCAAUCAUUCAUUUCAUUGGGAAGGGAUUCAGAAUUCUACUCCCCUAUUCAUGUUUUGCUUAAUAAUUUUUAGCUCCAACAGCAAUUGAUGCCACACUGCGUAGUGUCAGGUCCCUUGGUUUUGAGUACGAAUGGAUCGAUCCUGACCCACAGCAAGGAGAAGAUGGAAGCCAAGAGCACAGACCAUAUAACAACGAUGGUGGGUGUCCUGUUCUGUC